UAUUCCUUGCUAGCGUUCCCUUCUGUAAGCCCACUCGUUAUCCAAAAGAAUGAGUCUACAGUCGGCUCACUGACGUAACGACGGAGCUCUCGACGCAAAGUAUUUGCUGCAAAGGAUUGUGGACUUCACUUAGGGCGAAGGUGGUUCCUGCCAAGUACUCGUUCAUAACUUUGCUGGUCAAAUUACAGUUUCAGAAAGCCAUGGCUGAAAUUUCUAUGCAGACCUUCGUGACAUUUGAUGAUGUUGCAGCGUACUUCUCUGAAGAUGACUGGCAAUGUCUAGAAGAAUGGCAGCAAGAACUGUACCAAAAUGCCAUGCAAGAAAUUCAUGGAGUUCUUCUUGCCAUGGGUUAUACUAUCAGUAACCCUGAUGUCCUGGUUAGGAUCAAAAAUGUAGGAACAUCUAAUUUCAGUGAUAAUCCAGAUUCAUCUAAAAGUAAAAAGUGUUGUAAUUUCACUCAUGAUUUUCCUUCACAUCAUCCGGAUAUUCUAUUACGAGUUAAGCAGCAGACACACACUCUAUCAAGUGAUCAGCUUGAACUUCAAGAACAAAGCUGUACAACAUCCACAUUAGAUGAUGACGAUAAAUGUUCCAACAACUCCUUGGCCUCUACCCAUCAAGAAAGCACAAGCUCUUCCAAGUUGGGAGACAGAGCAUCAGGAGAUACCUUGGAGGAUCAUAACCACAAAGAACAGCUGCCUGAAAAGGUGAAGCACAAUAUUGUUUGCUGGGAAGACAUCGUUGAAAAAAAUGAACCAAAAUCUGUUCCAAAGGAGAGACCAAAUGAAAGUGAAAGAGAUGACGGAGUGGCUUCUACAAAUUCAGCUGAAAUGGAUGAGAAAAUAUCAGUCUCAAAGGAGAGGCUAUUUAUUUGUUCUGUAUGUGGAAAAAGCUUUGGUGGCAACUCGCUGCUGGUCAGGCACAUGAGAAUCCAUACAGGAGAGAAGCCAUUUGCUUGUAAUCAUUGUGACAAAAGCUUCAAUGAUAAAUCUUAUCUUCUCCGCCAUCUAAGAACCCAUACAGGAGAAAAACCCUAUUCCUGCUCAGUGUGUUUGAAAUGCUUUAGUCAGAAUUCCAGUGUCAUGGCACACAUGAGAAUCCACACGGGGGAAAGGCCUUUCCAGUGCCCAGAGUGUGAGAAACGAUUUAGCGAUAAAUCCUAUUUUGUACGGCACAUGAGAACUCAUAGCGGAGAAAAACCCUACAAGUGUAUUCAAUGUGAAAAAUGCUUCAGCCAAACCUCAAGCCUCACUUCCCACAUGAGGAUCCACACAGGAGAAAAACCAUAUAAAUGUUCUGUUUGUGGUAAAUGUUUCAGUCAAAAUUCAAGUCUUGCUAUACAUAAAAGAUUACACAAACCAGAAGAUCUGCUCUAGGACAAUGGUUGUCAGACUUUUUUAGUCAAAGCCUCUUUUUAAGGUUCAACAUGUCAGCCCCCCAGGGGCGAUCGUGGGGCUCCUGCUGCCUGAAGAUUAUAACGGUCACAUUCUGCAGCCAAAUAUAAUAGAAUUAUUAAGGUAUUUAUGUUACACUGACCUGAUCUACUUUAAUCUCUUUGUACUAAAGGCAAGAGCUCAUCAUUGUCUGCCUUCACCACAGACAUCAAAAAUGAGCCCAUGGCUCAAGUACAUAUAAUAUAAUGUAACAUACCUUGGUGGUCUAGUGGGCCGGCGGGGACGCCUGCCGUGCAGUGCCUCUUCUGUGGUUGCCGUUGAUUCCUAGGUGCGAACGUCCGGGUUUUACAUGCUAUGCGUGUGAUGUCAUCACACCCUGUGGCGUGAAAUUCGAAUAUUUAAAGGGGCUUUGAGCCCAAACUCAUUGCCUGUUGUUAGGUCUAAUUCGUUCGUAUCUGGGUGUGAUUUUGUCUUGUUUUGAUUCCGGUUUUGAUCCUUGUCUUGCAAAAGUUAGGAGAGACAUGGUGCUCCAGAAUAAUUUGUAAAUGACUCACCAAGUAGUGAAUGUGGUCCAGGUGCUCCAGCCCCAGACCCCCAGCUUUAGGCAACGGUACAGCAAAGGAUAAGUAGGAACAGGGCCGACCGGCACUCA